AUGGCUGACGUCUUUCUAAACGGAGAUGAGCCUGGGCGGAUUCUAGUGCAGGUGCAGAAUGAUUUAACUCAGCUGAAGAGGACACUGGGCCGAAUGGACCGGACCGGGACUUUGGAUGUUCAGGCUCUCGAUGCGGCGAUACGCAGAACAGAGGACGGUAUCAAGAACCAUGCAGAGGACUAUCUAAAGAUGGUAAAUAAACAAGUACGAACACUUCCCAUGAUUGAACAUGUUGAGAAGAAAACUGUGAAGGUUGCCAAAUGGCAGCCACCCACUGAGUCCAUCCCGUACAUUCCUCUGCAGAAAUAUCUGACUGUUGGUGCAUCUCCUGGAGAGAAGCACAAGGCAGCGUUUACAAUGCGUGUACUACACAACCCUGACCACCCAAAACACAGAGACCUGAUGCGCCAGAACUAUGGCCUUCAUCUUCCUGAUUUGCACAAGAAACCUGGGCCUACUGUGGGAACUAAGAAAGCCAUGAGCUCUACGGUAGCUGUUGUACCUGUAGACCAGAACAGAAACCUCCUCCCUGCAUCCCCUCUCUGUGAGGAAGACAAGAGAGCAGGACUUGCCAGUCACUUAGAGAAAAGUCUACCACCUUCAGCAGCUGAUCGCAGUUUGUUGAAAAAUCAUUCAAUACCCCAGCGCCAAAGAGAGGACAGCAGUCCCAGUAAAAUGGGUUAGACACACAGGACAGGAAAACAGCAGAGGGGCAUGAGACAAAGUAAGGAUGUCGCCAUAACUUCCAAAACCACUGGUGCUGAAUGUCCAUCCAUCUGGCCCUCACUUACUCAACCUCACGCUGCUGCCUCCGAUAGCAGCCUCCUUCCCCGUGGACAAGCACGACUCGCACCACUCAACUCUCGGUGUACGCCAGCAUUACCACCAGCUCCCAGUAGCCAACACUUCUUCAGUAUAGUGGAAGGUCGAAUUGAUCCACAUGCAGCCGACUUCUGUGCUUUUAAGGACAGCUGCUGUCUAAGUUGGAGCACAUUGUUAGAGGCGCUGUGGCAGCUGGAGCGGCUGCUGUGCCAGUUUGCCGUACCUCAUGCAUUGGUGUGUGGCGAUAGACUUGUGGCCCUGGCGCAGAGCGGUGAGCUACAGCAGGGCAGGCAUGAGUGCCUCUUGUCUGCUCUGGAGAACAGGGAGAAGGUGCUGGAGCUGAUGAAGCAGCCUGGGCAGCGCUAUAAGGGUGAGGGUGGCCGCCGGGUGGCUGCUGUGCACAUCCAGGCCUGCUGGAGGUGCUAUCGCACUCGCACUGCCUACUUGCACCAAAAGAGACGCAGGUGGGCGGCCAGAACCAUCGCCAUUUCCUGGCGAAUGCAUGCCCAACUGAGCCGCGUGAGGAAGAGCCUGCAGGCCACCCGCCUCCGUCAUCUGGAGAAUUACCACAACAGAGCAAAGCAUUUGGCCACCAGUUGGAACCAUCUCAUCACUUCCAAGAGGACCGUUAUCCAUGUGCCCUCAUUAGGAUACUCUCAGCAGCAGCGCCACAGCCUAAGAAGGUUUAACAUACUGCAGAACACUCAGAUGGGUCGGCUAUGUGACGUUAGAGAUCAGAACGUGGAAGUGAUCUAUGUGUGUCCGGUGCACUUGGGAGAAGAUUUGAUCCACUACUACACUCAUUUGCUGGGCCUGAAUGGAGCUGUAGAGCCAGGGACGCACACACCUUGCGCCAAACGUUUCACCAUCCUCACACCUGAGGCACAUCAGCACUUUUCAAGUCACUGUGUGUGUGUGUCCACACUGCUGAAGUACAGCCCACACACACUGCGCCGUAUUAAGAACAUGAUCCAGGGGAAGCAAGCCUAUUUAGUCAGUGGUGUCCCUCACAGGGAUGAUCUGGCUGUGGCUGAUGAGUUAGGAGUGCCAGUCCUAGGCCCCGAGCCUGCCGUAGCACAGCUCUACGGUACAAAGUCUGGAAUCAGGAGGAUCUUCAGCAGCAGUGGGGUUAGCAUGGCUCCAGGACAAGCUGACAUACACACAUUGCAGCAGCUGCAUGAGUGUUUUGCCCAGCUGAUGACAGAUCAUUUAGAGGUGCAGCGUUGGCUGUUUAAGAUGGAUGACGAGUUGGGUGGCCGUGGCACAGCCUACUGUGAUGUCUGUCAUGUGAGCUUCCGGCCCUGGGCUUUGCAGGAGUAUCAUCGUCAUGGAGCACAGAUCUGGAGGAUGCCUUGGGUUCAGGAACGAGUGCUAAGAAAGUUUCUGGAAGCGGUACCUGCUCUGUUGACCACUCAUGCCAAACCUUUUGACACAUCCUGCUAUCCGACGUGGAGCUGCUUCCUGGAGCACUUUCUCAGAAAAGGUGGUGUGAUUGAGGCUUACCCUCCUUCGGAUAGCAUGACCUGUAUGACAGUGGAUCUGCUAGUGGAGCCGGAUGGAGGAGUACGCAUGCUCUCAUGUGGAGAUCAGCUGCGUGGACCUGGUUUUCUGCAUGUAGCAGGCUGCUCUGUACCACAGAGUUCUGUUUGCCCCGAUGUCCUGUACUCCAUCUGCAUGCGGAUGGGCAAUGCCUGCCAGGAGCGGCAUAUCCUGGGCCAUUUUUCCCUGGACCUGGUCACCUUCCUGGAGCCUGACACGCUGGAACAGCAGGUGUGGGCUGUUGAUCUGGAUCUAGGCUACAGUAACCAGCUGGCUAUGACCCAGAUCAUGCUCCAUAUGACGGGGGGAACACUGGACUGCCACGCGGGUCGUCUGGAGGUUUCUUCUCCAGUCCGAAACAACAAACCCACCGCACACCAGAGACCAGCAAGAGCAACAAGUCAUUUUGCAGUGAUGAGCAGCCGGCUCUUUCAUACCAACCUCCCUCUAGUCCAUUACAGCAUGUUCUUCCAGAUGUGCAAGGCACACGGUAUCGGAUUUGACAUCAAGGAACGGGAAGGCUCUGUGUUUGCGCUCCAUGACAGUGAAGAAAGGAGCAGUCUUGGUAUGGUAACAAUCUCACCAGAUCUCCAGGGAGCGCUGCUGACCUUUGCUCGCAACCUUACUGUCAUUCAUCAAGAAAUAUCAGCUCCAAAUAUGCAAGGAGAGACCAAUUUUAAGGACCUGAUUAAGAAUAUCAUGGAGGUGCUGGAUGUAAUCACCCAGAACACUGAAAAGGAGCGCAAAGAAAAGAAGAAAAGUGCAUAUGUUUAA